CUUCCUGGGUCAGAUGCUUCUGCUUGCAUUGUGAUCUGGGAGCCCAAACUGAGCAGCUGCUGCUCCCCCAGUGGGGUCUGGGCUUGGGAGUGACUUGGAGUGAAGCUUCCUUUGUAGGCAAGGUCUGCAUUGCUCCCCUUUUUGAAGACAGGUUUUAUGUUGGCCCUUCUCCAGUCUUGUGGCUCCUCACCAUCCUCCUGGAGUUGUCAAAGAUCGUUGUUAACUGUUCCAAGAUUGCUUCAUCUGAUUCCUCAGGCUGCAGCGUAACAUCCAUGUUUUGCUCCAGCUCAUUCUGUCCUUCCAGAGACCAGGGAAAAGAAAUGGCUGCAGCGGAGUCAGUCCAGAGGCCAGUGACCUUUGAGGAGAUGGCUGUGUAUUUCACCAGGGAAGAGUGGGCUGUGCUGGACCCUGCCCAGGGAGAGCUCUGCAGAGACGUCAUGCAGCAGAGGUAUGAGAACGUGACCUCACUGGGGGCCAAUGGUCUUCGAGGAGGUGGCUGUGUAUUUCAGCGAAGAAGAGUUGGCUCCGCUGGACCCCGCUCAGAGAGCCCUCUACAAGAUGUCAUGCAGGAGAACUAUGAGAAUGUGACCUCACUGGGUGGUGGGCUGGUGAGUGAGACCAUGGAGCAGAAUUCUCAACAAGAAGAUGAGGAAGUGGAACCACGUGGCACAUUAUUGCAAAGAUGCAAAGGGAAUGUGUCCAGGAGUUGUGAUCAGGGAAAAGCCUGUGAUAGUCAGCACAUUCCAGAGAGGUGGCAGGGAAACUAGGCAAUGCAGAAGAUUGGUUAUUCUGUUUAUUAUUGGAGAACUCAGACUUCUCAAGGAAACCACGGCCCAGCAGAGAAUCCCCAGGGGAGAGAGAAAUAACACAUGUGGAGUGUGUGGCCUGGUCUACCCUAUGAGUUUGUAUCAAAUUUAGCAGCA